ACGUACGCAAAUUAUGGACUACAACCUGCUGGUUCCUCCUAGACUCCCGCACAACCUGUAGGAUUUGGCUCAGACUGGUUGAGCUGCUGAAAGAUUGCUUCAGUCAGCGCGCAGAUCGCGGAGAGUAAACCCAGUCAGUAGAAUGGCCUGCACUGGAGCAGGAGAUGUCCUGUCGCUCAGUGUAAGAUUUGGAAAACAGCGUUUAGCCUUCUAACCGACUUUCCGGAGCGCUCAAAAUAAAGUUUCUGAUGGUGCACUCCAUCCCGAAGCAGCGAAGCGCACCACAGGGAUCAGAAAUGAAAGCAGGAGCGCUACUUUUAAGCGUGUUUUGCUUCAAAGGGUAUUUUAAAAGGCUUGACAAUCGAGUCUUUUAUAGUUUCUGACCAGUGGUUGUGACAACAGUCUAGCUCGGACUUUUGGUUACCAUUACGCACGCUUUGCUUUCCGCGACUGAGAACUCUAAGCCAGGUUCACUUGGGACUUUGGACAACACCAUGACCAGCUCCCUGCUCGCCCUGCUCGGAUUGUGCUUGAGUGCUUGUUACUGCGUGUUCACUGCGGGGAGCAGUUUUUCUGUGGAUGGAAACUUCGAAGCGCACGCGGGCUUCAUGCACCGGCGGCUGCGGACGCACGAGAAGAGGGAGAUGCAGAAGGAGAUCCUGUCUGUCCUGGGACUGCCGCACAGACCGCGGCCGCACUUGUCACAAGGAAAGUACAACUCGGCUCCUCUUUUCAUGUUGGACUUGUACAACACCAUAUCAAGCGAGGACAAGAGCCAGAUUCUGGACAGGUACCCGUCCAUGCGCACGACGCAGAGCCCUCCUCUGGCGACGGAUCAAGAAACAGCUUUUCUGAAUGACGCGGAUAUGGUGAUGAGUUUCGUUAAUCUCGUGGAGUACGACAGGGAGUUCUCCCCACAGCGCCGUCACCACAAGGAGUUUAAGUUCAACCUCUCGCAGAUCCCAGAGGGCGAAGCCGUCACCGCAGCUGAAUUUCGCCUCUACAAGGAGUGUGUGAGUGGAGCUUUCCGCAACGAGACCUUCCUGCUCAAAGUGUACCAGGUGGUCAAGGAGCAUCCCAACAGAGAAGCAGAUCUGUUUCUUCUGGAGUCUCGCAUGCUGUGGGCUGCUGAGGAGGGCUGGCUGGAGUUUGACAUCACUGCCACCAGCAACUUGUGGGUCAUGAGUCCGGUGCACAACUUGGGUCUCCAAGUCAGCAUAGAGACCAGCAGCGGCCAGAGCAUCAGCUGUAAGGAGGCAGGGCUUGUGGGACGUGACGGUGCACUGGAGAAGCAGCCGUUCAUGGUGGCUUUCUUCAAAGUGAGUGAGGUGCAGAUUCGCUCUGCACGCUCCACUGGUGGAAAACGGCGGCAACAGAACCGCAACCGAUCCACGCAACCGCAAGAUGCAUCCAGAGGGUCAAGCCUACCAGAUUAUAACAGCAGCGAUCAGAGGACUGCCUGCAGAAAACAUGAGCUGUACGUCAGCUUCCGAGAGCUGGGCUGGCAGGACUGGAUCAUUGCGCCUGACGGCUACGCAGCCAACUACUGUGACGGAGAAUGUUCCUUUCCUCUGAACGCCCACAUGAAUGCAACCAACCACGCCAUCGUGCAGACGCUGGUGCACCUGAUGAACCCUGAGAAUGUGCCAAAGCCAUGUUGCGCCCCCACCAAACUCCACGCCAUUUCAGUGCUCUACUUCGAUGACAACUCCAACGUCAUUCUGAAGAAGUACAAAAACAUGGUGGUGCGCGCCUGCGGCUGCCACUGACGCCGACGCCAGCGAGGAUACGCUGCAGUGAUUUCACCAAAGGUGAUCUACCCCCAAAAGUCAAAGAUGAUCAGAAAUUCCUCCACUUGCAUCUGGAACAAGGCAAUCGAAAAGGAUAAAUGCAAUUAAGGAUCUAUUGUUGCAUGUGUUUUUGUCAUCUAUUCCAGCAGUUGAACCAGCUUCUUUUUAGCUGGGCUGUCCCCUCAAGGACGUCCAUGACUGAAUAGAAAAAAUGGAGUCCUUGUGUGUGGUUUUUUUAUGGAAUGCCUAAUGGGCUGAUGCACCUAAAGCUCACAGAGAGGACCAGACGAAAACCUCUGUGGGCCAAGCCAGACUGCUGCUUUCUUUAUCAUCUCCUCUCCAUGAGCUGAUGGAUCUGUUUUGAGAAGCUUCAAAUAGUGAUGAGAAACUCGUCUAAACGAGUCACAGGAGAAAUGCAGGUUUUCCUUCAGCACAGGACUUUUACAUUAAAUAAAUGACCCAUCGGAGUUUAUACAUGUGCUGUUUUUUCCCUUUCUCCAACUGUAUUUUCUUCUCCAGCCAUAUUUGCUCUCCCAAAAUACUGUAUGGACUGAACCAACCUGACCACAGACCAUUUUAGCUAUGGACUGCUCUGAAUAAUCCCCUCCGUGUCAAUAUUUGUCAGACUCAGGCUGAGCUGUGAUUCACCAGGCUGGUUCAGCGUGAUGCAUGUUGUGGCUCUGCUUGUGUUUUUCCUCACAUGACUAAAGAAUACAGCUCUAUCCCUCCGACAUGCCACAAACAACCAUUUCCAUUUCCGUGUUGCUGCACUCGGAGAGCUAACAAACCCUUUCACCCCCUUGACGACCUGUCGAGAGGUUGUGGAAAACCUUUUGGGUAAAGUUAGCUUUCUGAAAUCCUUCGCUUUAUUGACCCUGAGGAUGAAAUGUAUGUUUCUUGUCCUCGUAUAAAAGACAUGGUGUGAUCCUUGAAUGGCAUGCAAUCUUCAGAGAACACUUAUGAAUGACAAAGUAUAUAUAUCCAAGAAUAAUUAAACUACCGUGUGUGCCUAACCGAUCUUAAACUACAAAAUAUACCUCUGGUAAGCUGCUGUUUACAUUUGUGAUCCUGUUAAGACUGUUUUUUGUAAAUACUUGUACAUUCUCCGCUUAUUUAUUGCACCUUUUAUUAAAAGAAAUAAAAAAAUAUCACAUCUUUAAUACAAGAACGAAAUGGAAAUACCUUAUUUUUGGAAAAAAAAACAACUUUAUUAUCAAAGUUCAUGUCGCAACUUGCCACUAUUCACUUUCUGUGCAACAUCUGUGGGUUUUGCACAACCCAUGAAAAGGAAAAUAUAUAGAUAUAUCAGAAAAUACUUCCAUCACUGAAGUUCCAAAGGUCAUGUGCUAUUCAUUAAAAUGUUUAUUGGAAAAGAAAACAAAAAAAGCCAAAAAGUGCCAUGUCACUGCCUGUUUAUGUACCUUGUCUGGACAAUAAAGCACGUCCUUCAUCA